AUGAGAACCAACACUUUCGCCCUCGCGGCCACAUUGCUCAUAUCGGCAGCGGAUGCCUUCCCGGCGAUGGAACCAGAUCAGUUUCAGAAGUACAACCAAUAUAUGAAGAACAAUGCUGAAGCCUGCCCUUACGCCGCAGCGACUGAAGCACAGGGACGGGGGGAGGAAUGCCCCUUUGCCAAGGCCAAGCGUGCCAAUGUCUUUGAUCAGACCACACAACACAUUCGCACUGAUGGUGAAUAUGCGUUUGUCCCCCCGAACUUUGAUUCUGGCGACCAGAGAGGCCCUUGCCCAGGGCUCAAUGCUCUUGCCAAUCAUGGAUAUUUGCCUCACAACGGCGUAGCAGAUAUGGCUACAAUUAUCGAAGCUACCAACGAGGUGUACGGCAUGAGCCUCGACCUUGGUGGAUUCCUCGCCGUCUAUGGUACUGUGUUUGACGGCAACCCAUUAUCCACGAAUCCCGGUUACUCUAUUGGUGGGCCUACAAAAGAUAAUCAGAAUAUUCUCAACGGUCUUGGAUUGUUGGGUACCCCAUCGGGUCUCAGCGGUAGCCACAACAAGUAUGAGUCUGAUGUGAGUCCCACACGCGGCGAUCUAUACACUGAAGGCAACAACUUCCAUGUUGUCAAGUCACGUUUCGUUGACUACUGGAAUGCCCUUCCCGAGAAUCUACCGGCAGAUCAGCAAUAUACGGCUUUGGCCCCGUUCCAUAAACAACGUUGGGACGAGUCCAAGAACACCAAUCCCUACUUCUUCUACUCUCCUUUUGCCGGUAUUCUUGUUUCGCCGGCUGGCUACUCAUUCCCAAAAGCAAUGAUGGCCAAUCACUCUGAUGAUUACCCCGACGGUUACUUGUCACGCGAGAACUUGGUAAGUUUCUUUGGUGUCCAAGGCACUACUCCGGACAACUUCGUAGUCAACCAAGGAUGGGAGCGUAUCCCAGACAAUUGGUACAAGCGACCUCUUCUGGAUGAGUACUCUAUCCCGAAGUUCUUGGUUGAUAUCGUUGAGCACGCCUCUUACUAUCCUCCACUGCUCUCGUUCGGUGGUAACACGGGCACGCCCGACUCGUUCUUCGGCAUCGACAUCUCAGACCUCACCGGAGGUGUGUUCAAUGCUGCUACUUUACUAGAAGGCAACAAUCUCGAAUGUUUUGUGCUACAAAUCAUCCAGGCCACAGCUCCGGAUGUUAUUGGCAGCAUGUUUUCGGAUAUUCAGAAGGCAAUGGCGCCAUUGACUGAUAGGGUCGUCCAAUUACUUGCUGGGAAAUCCUGUCCACAACUCCAGACCGUCAACACUCAACUCUUUGAAAAGUAUCCAGGAUACACCGAAGCAUAUGGCAGUUAUGCUGGGUUGUCGAGCGGCUCAGUAUCUGGUAUCGUCUCCGGUGUGGGCGGUGUUCUUGGCGGACUGGUUCCAAGUCCCUAA